AUGGCUCCACAGCAGCCUGCAGGCGGUGGGGAGCAACGCGUUCCAGUGCUUGUAGCUCAACCCUCGACACCAAGCCCUACCUUCCGGAUGCAGGGGCAACAGUCAUCCCAGCACCACAGCGCUACGACCCACCACCAACUGAGCGACGCAGAACUUGUGGAGCUUGCGGGCCAUCCAAUCGAUGAAUCCAGCGAAACCUCUUCUUUCUUGAUUGACGCACUUGGUGGUGAUGGAGGCCUUGAGGGCCUGACGGUUGCGGGCGUCUCGCCUUGGUCCCCACCCAUCAACGGCACACCGUCACCGACACUAGAAUUGCGGCAGUCCACUCCACAGCAGCAGCAGCAGCAGUUUGCCUUGGCGGAUGAUGAUGAUGAUGAAGAGGAGGAGGAGGAAGAGGAGGAGGAGGAAGAAGAGGAAGGGGUGCGUGGGCUUGGAAACGUGCAUCAGUGGCGUGAGAUUGAGACUGCAGCGACUGGGGACAACGACACCAACACCCGCAGAGAAGAAGAUGAAGAAGGGGGAAACACCUGCGAAGAAGAAUCGCUUCUGGGUGACGAGUUUCGCGUAGACACGCCCGACCCGGGUGGACGUGACGACCAGUAUGCACCCAACUCUCCAGGGAGGGACACGGGCGAUGGUGCGCCGCCCUGCAAGCGCGCUCGCAUGCAGGCCCCACCGUGA